CAGUGGGUUGAACCACGAAACAACCGCGGCUCCCGGGCUCGGGGUUAACUUGUCACAGACACUGCCUCAUCAAAUGACUCUGUCCUGACUCAAGCCGGAGUCAGAGGCUGCGGGCUGCUUCAUGGGCAACUCUUCUAGGAAGGGAGAGGGAGACGAAGGGGAGGAAGGCGAGGGCAAGGACGGCGAGGAUCCAGAAGAAGUGCAAGAGACGAAGAAGGAAGUCGAGCAGGAAGUAGAGGAAGAGCUUCCACUGGGGGUGGAGGAGUUGCUGGAAAGCGGGGAUCCCGUGUUGGACUUGAGUUACCGCAAGUUUAAGCGCUUGCCCGCUCGUGUCUGUGGACUGAUGCAUCUGGAGAAGCUGUAUGUUUGCGGGAACAGCCUGCGCACGCUGCCAGACGCCGUCGCCGAGCUGCAGGGUCUGCGGACCCUCGCCCUCGACUUCAACAAAAUGGAAGACGUGCCGCCGGCCGUCUGUCAGCUCACCAACCUCACCCGCCUGUACCUGGGAAGCAACCGGCUGAUGAGCCUCCCGCCCGAGCUGAGGAACCUGCAGAGUCUGCGCUGCCUGUGGAUCGAGAGCAACUACUUCCAGAGGUUUCCGCGGGAGCUGUACGACCUGCCCCACCUCAAGUCCCUGCAGAUUGGGGACAACCGGCUGAAGACGCUGCCCCCUGACCUCUGGCGCAUGGAGGCUCUGAGAGGACUGUGGCUCUACGGGAACCGCUUCAGCACCUUCCCCAAAGUCCUGCUGCGCAUGGAGUCAUUGGAGAUUUUAGAUCUGGACCGCAACAAGAUAUCAGAGUUCCCCAGCCUGAAGCGCCUCAAGGCGCUUCGUCUGUUCUCCUAUGACCACAACCCAGUUGAGGAGCCUCCUAAAGUGGGCGAGGAGGUGCUGGUGGUCGGGGAAGGGGCGGCAGAGUUCCUGGAGGCGCGCGAGGCCAGGAAAGAGAGACUGAGAAAGGCCGCGGAGAAAGAGGCGGAGGAGCUGGCUUUGGCGGGAGAGGAGCCGGUCAUUCACGGCAUCCUGAAGAACAGCGGCUCCAACUCCAAGCAAGCAGCAAACGGAGUGACCACGGACGACACGGAGGUCAAAGAGGAGGAGCCUCUGGUGCGGGAGGAUGAGGACGAGGGCGGGGCCGUGGAGCCGCCCGUCACAGACUAUGAUGGAGCCGAGCUGGAAUAUGAGGAAGAGGGGGUCGAAUACGAGACGGAGGAGCUGAUAUGCGAGGGCGAGGUGUUUGAAUAUGAGGGAGAAGAUCUGGAGUAUGAGGUUUCGCAGAUGGACUAUGAGUAUGAGGACAGGGAGGAGCUGGGAGACUUGGGGACGCAGGGUGAAAGGGCCUGA